GGCUGAUGCUGAUCAAUUAUGGGCCAAGCUGAGUCCUGCCAAGGACUGCAAGUCUCUUAUGAAGAAGCACGUCACUCAGGCUGUGUGGGACAAAUAUAAGAACACAAAGACAAAAUUGAACGGAACACUUGCUGACUGUAUAAGAUCGGGAGUGGAGAACCUUGACUCUGGAACUGGUAUUUACGCCUGUGACCCUGAGGCCUACGAUGUAUUCCAGGACGCCUUCGACCCCAUCAUCGCUGACUACCACAAGAGUGAAGUGAAGCACCCCCCUGCAGGGCAGUUCGGUGAUAUGGAUAACCUUGGAUUUGGUGACGUUGAUCCAGGAAACAAGUAUGUCGUCUCCACCAGAGUCCGUGUAGGAAGAUCAUGUAGCGGCUACGCCUUUCCACCAACCAUCAAAACAGCGGAUCGUGCUGAGAUGGAAGGAAAGGUUGUUGAGGCAUUCAAGACAUUCACCGGUGAACACAAAGGAACAUAUUUCCCCUUGACCGGCAUGACUCCUGCGGUUCAGAAACAGCUUACCGAAGAUCAUUUCCUCUUCAACGACCACGAUAGAUUCUUGAGAGCUGCUGGUGGUUACCGCGACUGGCCAGCAUCCAGGGGUAUCUUCCAUAACGCCGACAAGACCUUCUUGGUAUGGUGUAACGAGGAGGACCACAUUAGAAUCAUCUCCAUGCAGAUGGGAGGCAAUCUUGGACAGGUCUACAAGAGGCUCAUUGCUGGCAUCAAGCACUUGGAGAGCAAAGUACCAUUUGCCAAGAACAACCGUUUGGGUUACCUUACUUUCUGCCCAACCAACUUGGGAACCACCCUCCGUGCCAGUGUCCACGUCAGGAUCCCCCUUCUGGCCGCACAGCCUGAUUUCCAAGACUUCUGUGCCAAACUACAUCUCCAGCCCCGAGGUAUCCACGGUGAACACACAGAGUCUGUAGGUGGUGUGUACGAUGUAUCUAACAAACGUCGUCUCGGACUUACCGAGUACCAGGCCGUUAAAGAGAUGGCUGAUGGUGUCCUUAAAAUCAUCGAAAGAGAAAAGGAACUCGAGGCCGCAAAGAAAUAAAUCCAAAUAUCUAAAGUAGGACGAGAUAUUAUAUGUCGCCUUAGCUGCCCGAGUUACCCAUUCAUCACUGACGUCUGUGUUUUCACCCCUACCCAUCUUGUCGGGGUCUUCUAUUGCCUGUUGUCUAUGGUGUCUGUAGCGUCAUCUAUAGUAUUCUAAUUUCAUUCCCAACGUGAAUGAUAAUCUAAACUUAUUUGUGCCUGACUGAACACUGCCACAUACAGUUGCAUUUAAUUGAUGAAAAGCUUGCUGGCAUUCUAUAACAGUUUCAUAGACAUGGAGUCUAGACUCAAGACUUUCAAGAAGGAUCAGUUUUACUACUCUGUUUUAUUAACAGAGAUAAGAAAUACGUCCAGUGUAGUGUGUGAUAUGAUUUUCAGAGUGAAAUAAAGACUUAUUUAUGUAUUGUAAAUGUGAUAAUAAAAUCGCCUUUUUACUUACAAUUAAGUAUUUAAAAGAAUCAAUGGCUAGAAGGACCUACACUUCACAUUUACAGGCUGACCCCGAAUGAUUUGAUUCACAAACUACGCGAUUGCAAAUUAACAAGGUGGCGUAAGAUCACUUCAGUUAAUUUCAGUAUGUCUUAACCAGCUAGUUUGACUCUCUCGCCAAUCUUGCUUUAAGAAAGACGAAACUUUAAAAUCAGCAUUUUUGGAUUUUGAACAACAGAGAGCAAUGUCGCUUACUAACCGGUAACUGCUACUUCACUGUCUGCUCCAUAGUUGAAUACUUUAUCGUUGAGUCACGCCUCGACACAAGAAAAACCAACCAUGACUGACAAAAUUAUUUCAAAAGUGAAGACAUAUUUUUGGGGUCAUCUGUAUAAUAAGCCUUAUGGCCGAAUAAAGAUAGACAUUUAUGGGCGAAUGAUUGUUAGAAUACAAAAAAUGAGGACACCCAAAAACAAUUUGCAAUUUAGAUGGUAGGUGAAGUGAACUUUGGUAUUCAAACUGUUACGUUAGAUGUACAGCCUACCCUCUUGUCCGCUCCAUCUUGUCCUGUAAAAAUUCCGCGAAUUCAUUUCGGUCUGAUCACUUGUUAUUUAAUGUUUUUGAAAGUACAUCUUAUUGCAUUUCCCUUUUAUUUUCUCACUUCCUCAUAAUUGAACGACGUUACAACUUAAUGGCGAAGGUGGUUUCUUUGGGGAAAUUUCUUUGCUAUUUAGUUCUUUAUUUUUCUCUCUUUGUGCACCGACUGUUGGAUCUACAUCAAUGCCGUUUUGAAGAUGAGAAGUAGCUGAUUUACUUUUGUCAAUAUUUGAUUUCUUGGUUGUGUCACUCGACUUUUGAUUCGUUUUCCUCAAUUUUUUCCUUGCU